AUGGUUUAUGAUACUUGGAGUUUAGAAACUCAAUUAAAAUAUAAACCUUCAUCAAUGAAUAACAGACAAGUUGUUUAUGAACACACUGAUACAAGUAAUUUUAAAAAGGUUUCAUUAAAUACGUAUCCAAAUCUUAGGAAAUUUAGAUCAACAAAUCCAUCCUCACAAGUAGGAGGAAUCACUUCUGGGCUAAGAACUCUGGUUAUUUCAUAUGGCUUAGUAGAUAUUCCUAAGCGUUAUAGAAUUUCAUGUACUAAAAAAGAGUGUGCUGUAAAGGAAAAACAUGCAACACCUGAAGAUACUUUAACUAAGAAACAAGUAACGGUGUUUGACAAAUUUCAAAGGAAUGUGUCUGAAAAAGAUACAUAUUCUUAUUUGAACCACAAACAAACUAAAGCUAAAGAACACUCACUAUUAGAACAAAUAUUUCAUGAAAUAGAUCAGUUCGGACUAGAUGCUGCUACAGCUGAUUCAUGGAAGAGAUAUACGGUUUCAUGUGCUGCAAGGCUAGGUUACAAAAAAGCUAUACGCAUGAUGGAAUCAUGGGGGUUGGACAAGUCUCAAAUAAUGUUGGACGAAUUUCAAGAGAAUAUGCCUGAAAAAGAUGCAGAUUCUUAUUUGAAUCACAAACAAACUAAAGAUAAAGAACACUCACUAUUAGAACAAAUCUUUUAUGAAAUAGAUCAGUUUGGACUGGGUACUGCUACAGCUGAUUCACGGAAGAGAUAUACGGUUUCAUGUGCUGCCAGGUUAGGUUAUAAAAAAGCUAUAUGCAUGAUGGAAUCAUGGGAGUUGAACAGAUCCCAAGGAGUUGUGCCCAACAAAGGGAGUGUUACAUAUAUUAGACCAAGAACAAUCCCAAAACAAAAUAUUAGAAGCGUAGAAGAAAAUAUUAGUAAGACAAGAACUCAUUUGAUAGACGGAUACCAACUUUCUAUACCGAAGAAAGAAGAAGUCACACAUGAUAAGUUGGACAAAAUUCCAGAACAAAAUAUUAGAAAUAAAGAAGAGUGUUUUGCUAAGGUGAGGGCUCCUAUGCUAGAGGAAUAUCAACUUUUUAUACCCAAAAAGGAGGAAGUCAUACAUGCCAAGAAGGAACAAAUCCCAAAACAAAAUAAGAAGGAGGAAGUUGCACAUACUAAGAACGAACAAAUCUCAAAACAAGACAGGAAAAAGGAAGUUACACACAGUAGACAGGAACAUAUCCAAAAAAAAAACAAGAAGGAAGAUGUUUCACCUGUCAAGAAAGAACACAUCUCAAAACAAACCGAGAAAGAAGAUGUUUCAAAUGUUAAAAAGAAACAUAUCCCAAAACAAAACAAGAAAAAGGAAGCUACACACAGUAAACAAAAACAAAUCUCAAGACAAAAUAUUAGAAAUGCAAGAGAACAUUUUACUCAGGCAAUGAAUCUCAUGAUACAAAGAUAUCAACUUCCUGUACCCGAGAAAGAAGAAAGCGCACAUGUUGAAUUAGACAAAAUUCCAGAACAAAAUAUUAGAAAUGCAAAAGAACAUUUUGCUAAGGCAAUGGAUCUCAUGAAAGAAAGAUAUCAACUUUCUGUACCCAAGAAAAAGGAAGUUACACAUGCCAAGAAGGAACAAAUUCCAGAACAAAAUAUUAGAAAUGCAAAAGAACAUUUUGCUAAGGCAAUGGAUCUCAUGAAAGAAAGAUAUCAACUUUCUGUACCCAAGAAAAAGGAAGUUACACAUGCCAAGAAGGAACAAAUUCCAGAACAAAAUAUUAGAAAUGCAAAUGAACAUUUUACUCAGGCAAUGAAUCUCAUGACACAAAGAUAUCAACUUUCUAUACCCAAGAAAGAGGAAAGCACAUAUGUCGAAUUAGACAAAAUUCCAGAACAAAAUAUUAGAAAUGCAAAAGAACAUUUUGCUAAUGCAAUGGAUCUCAUGAAAGAAAGAUAUCAACUUUCUGUACCUAAGAAGCAGGAAGUUUCCUGUGUCAAAAAAGAAUGUUCCACAAUGCUACAAACCAAUAAUAACACAAUAAUUCUUAAAUCAUCUAGAAAGAAACAGAAAGGUGAACAAGGUCCAAAGCUAGGAUGUAGUACAGGAAAAGAUUAUGUAUCAAAAAAAAAAACAAUUGUAAAAGAAGAAUCACUGUUAAAGGAAGAUUAUAUUCUUAAGCAAAAACAAACUACUAAAAAACAACAAAUAAAGAAGAAAGUUACCUUUAAGCCUAUUUCCCCCGAAGCCUCAAAGUCUUUGAUAAUCAUUGGUGAGUCCAAGAAGGAAUUAUUUGAUGAGAAAAAACGGGACAUCAUCAUAUCAAGAGAUAAACACAUUGAAGAGAAACAUAAGACCAUAGACACAGAAGAAAAACAAAAAGUAGACAUCAGACAAAAAUCUCCUGUACCAGCAAAAAAAAUUGUGUCUCAUUCCAAAAAUAUAACUCCAGUGGACUCAACACCUGCUGUUGUUAUCGCUAAUACAAAACCAGCCACUUCUACUGAAAAGGAAGAUAUUACAAAGAAAUCCUCCGUACCAACAAAAGAAAUCAUUUCUAAUUUUAAAAUCAUUGCUCCAGUGAACAUAAUACCCCCUGUUGUUAUCACUAAGACAGAACCAAUCUCCCUUACUGAAAAGGAAGAUACCACAAAUAAAUCAUCAGUUCCAACACAAGAAAUUGUAUCUAAUUUCAAAAAUACAACUUCAGUAAAUUCAACACCUGCUGUUGUUGUCACCAAGACAGAGCCUGCUUCUUCUGCUAAACAAAAAAAUAUCCGUACACAAAAACACAAAAGUGAUGUAGAAAAAAAUAAAUUACUCUUCUCAAAAAAAGAAGAAGAUGUUACAAAUCAAUCUGCAAUACCAACAAAGGAAAUAAUUUCUAAUUUUAAAAUCAUAAACCCUGUAAAUAUAAUACCCCCUACUGUUAUCACUAAGACAGAAGCAGUCUCUUCUACUGAAAAGGAGGAUACCACAAAAAAAUCAUCAGUUCCAACACAAGAAAUCGUGUCUCAUUCCAAAAAUAUAACUCCAAUGGACUCAAUACCUACUGUUGUUGUUACUAAAACAGGACCUGCUUCCUCUGCUAAACAAAAUAAUAUUGUUACACAGAAACCCAAGAGUGGUAUAGAAAAAAUUAAAUUACUCUUCGCAAAAAAAGAAGAAGAUACCACAAAGAAAUCAUCAAUACCAGCAAAAGAAAUUGUUUCUAAUUUUAAGACCAUAACUCCUGUGAAUAUAAUACCCCCUACUGUUACCACUAAGACAGAAUCUGUUUCCUUUAAUGAAACAAAAAAUGUUCCUAAACCAAAUAAUCAAAGUGGUUUACAAAAAUUUACAUCUUUCUUUAAAUUUCAUAAGAAAGAUCCAUCAGAAUUAUCAAGUUCACAACCACAUAGCUGUAUAGUAAAGGAACAAAAAGCACCAAAAGAAGUGCAAAAAUCACAGAAAAUACCAGAACUAUGUCCUGACAUGGUAGAUGAUGUCAGGAAAAAGUUCUAUGAGGUCUAUCCAAGCCAAAAAGAUCCGUCGGAGACAAGGCAGCAUUAUCCUGAUAAACCAUUAGCACCGGGGCUCAGAGAACUAAUCAACAGCAAAAUUACUAAUGAACCCUAUCGAUAUUUAGAUAGGGGGACUAAUAAAGUCGAAAUCUUUGACCCUUACUACGUCCCAAUCGAUGAUUCUAUGUAUGAUUCAUCAUUGUUUGAUGAUACCGAGUACAUCCUCGAAACCGUCCUUGCCAAAAUGGUAAAACGGGAUGGAUGGAAAGGUAGAAUGGAGAAUUUUAAGUCAUCGUGUGAAUAUAUGUCAUUUGCGACAGAUUGCAUUGUCUUAGACAGCACUGUCCUAAAUGGGAUACGAAAUGGUAGUAAUUAUGUCGGUUCAGCCAUAUCCAAACUUUGGAAAAAAGACACUAAAGAUUCCUAA